AUGCACUCCAAUCGCAGGCCCGUCGCCCCGGCCUCGCCCGAGCACACACACAACAGGGCCACCGACCUCGGCCUCGAACGACACAGCUCCCACGACUCCACCGCCAGCUCCAACUUUACCCACAAGGCCGAUCCAGCCUCCACUCCACAUCGCUCCAUCUCCAACUCGUUCCAAUCCUCACAGCCCGACCUCAACUUCAGCCUCACUGCCACACCUUCGCCCUCCUCCUCCUCUCGUCGUACGCCGCAGCACAACGCCAAAAACUACUCGCGACCCACCUUCGACCAUGCGCACACACAACCCUCCACACCCUCGCACAACUCCUCGCUCUCCCUCGAGCGCGACUACUUUGGCGACGACCACCACCGCCACGACCGCUCGCACUCAUCCAUCCCAGACCACCAUCACGGCAUUAGCUCCUCCUUUGACGACGACGAACUUCGCCAGAUCCUCUCGCGCAGCCCCACCGACCACCGCAACAACUCCUCCUUUGACGGCGACGUUGCAAAGGCCGUCAAGGCGGCAAACCAUCAGGACAUCAGUCCGUGGCUAUUCCAGUCCCCCUCCAUGCAGGACGGCCCAAGUCGUGCCAACUCUUCCAACAACCAUGCCGCUUCAGCAUCCGCAGCAGCAGCAGCAACCACGACGACGACGACGACGACGACGAUGACCGCCAGUGCGGCUAACCCGGCCACCGCUUCUCCCGUCAUCCGCACGCGUCCACGCAGAGGUACAGGCACCACACAGUACUCCUUCACCGACUCGAGCCUAGCCAGCAUCGACAACCCCACCCUCACCCCUUCGCGCUCACAACACUCGCUCCGUCCGCGCACGCCGCCCUCCGCCUCCACCUCCUCCACCACCACCCUCAACGGCUCCGGCUCCAAAGACGCUGCCGCGAAAAAGUCGCGAAAUCCCUUUGGUUUUCUCAAGAAGAAGCCCUCCAGCCACUCGAGCGCACAUGCCGCAUCUGCAAGCGCAGCCUCCACCUCCGCAUCCGCCUCCGCCUCCUCCUCCAACAUCAACCUCGUUCGCAACGAACCCUCGGUCGCCUCCCUCUCCUCCCGCUACGGCUCCAACGCAGCCAACCUCAACCCCAUGCGCCCGCCAGCAUGGCUCGACAACAACCACAACCGCUCCUUGGCUUCCUCCGUAUCGCCCUCCUCCGCCUCCCUCCGCUCCCACUACCACCAACCUCCCGCUUCCAUCCCCGCUCCGUGGCAGAACCCGCUCAACUCACGCAUCGACUCGCUCCCCGCCGCCAUCAGCCUCGAGGACGAGCUCGAGUCCGAGCAUCGCGACGCCAAAAAGGAAGCGCGCAAGCGCAUCAAGGGCGUCCGCCACCACCUCGCAAAGGCUUCCGACAGGCAGCGAGGCACAGACGACUCUGGCGACCCCUCCUUGUCCUCCCAAAGCCACUCCAUCCAGCAAGAGGUCGAACUCUCCCUCGACAUGAACUUUGAUCAGCUCGAAGACUUUGUCGACACAAACGCCGCACGCCAGAGGCUCCAGGGCUCCUCCGUCACCGAUGCCGCCUCCACCUCCACCACCAGCCCCUCGGACCAUCGCUCGCCAUCCGCCAGCGAGUCCGGCCUCCCGCACCACCCGCACUCGCCCUCACCCUCCGACCACGCCUUGCCCUCCACCCGACAGGCCUCGCUCACCACCAACACCGACUCCUCCUCCCAGCUCUCCGACGCUUCCGCCUCCCAACGCGCUUCCAGCUCCCGCAACACCGCCAGCAUCUCCACAUCAUCCUCCACCUCCACCAUCCUCAGCGACAGACGCCCCAGCCAGCUCAACAUGCUGCCCCGCAACAGCGUCCCCCGCGUCAGCCUCGCAGAGAUGCAAAACUACCAGUCCCUCCGCAAACUAUCGAGCAACCUCAGAGACAUGCCCUCCAGCGCCUCCUACAGCCCUUCCGCCUCCAGCUUGCCCGUCCGUCGCGAUUCCAUGGCCGCCGCCCUCGCCACCUCCGACUCGGCGCUGCCGGCCACACCACCACCGCUGCCGCCGCUGCUGCCGCCAUCGCUCCCAUCCGCUGCCGAUUCCGCCCUCGCAGACCAGCGCAAGGACAGCGUCGUAUCGGCUCACAGCCUUCGCUCCGACCACAGCGGCAUCUCUCCCAAAACCUCCUACGCCAACCUCAGCGUCACCGCACACGAGCGUCACAAAGCAGCAGCAGUCGCCGCAGCCGCUUCCUCCUCGGCAACUCCAUCGGCAAGCCCGGGUUGGGCAGCAGCUCCGCCACCGGACAACCACAUCGACGGUCGCGCCGACCACUCCUACCAAUUCCCGCCCGUCAGCGACCAGGCGCUAGGCUCGCUCCUCAACGUCCGCAAGUCAAGUGCCAGCUCCGGCCAAGAGCCAAGCUCCAGCUGGAUGGCUCCCGACAGUUGGGCAGUCCAGCCCGACAAGACGCGCGACUACCUUCGCGACGACAACGUCGGCGAAGAGGAAGAGGAUGACGACGACGACCGCUCCGUCCGUGCACAGAUGCUCGCCGAUGGCAAGCGACGCGGCUCCAGCUCCGGCGUCAGCUCCGUGCAUGCAUCGAGCAUGUUCCGCGUCGCUUCCACUGACCCCUUCAACAAGCCCACCUCCAUCGCUGGUUCGCGACGCGGCACCGAAGACUCGGUCGAUCCGCUCACCGUUCUGCCUCCCUUGCCAAAGACAAAGUCGGUCGACGAGUCGGCCAGCAACGUCGACGUGCUCGAGCAGACGAACAACCUCGCCCAGUCCGCUCUCGCCCAACAGCAGCAGCAGCAGCAGCCCCAACCCUCCCAGCACCAUCAGCUUCAACAUGGUUCUAGCCAUAUGCGACCCUCCUCGUCCAGAGGUGGUGCUGGAGCAAGCAUGCUGGCCUCUGCAGGUGCCUCGGCCGCCGCUGCUGCUGCCGGAAAGCUCGGUCUGCAUCGCACAUCUAAACACCGCACCAACGCACGUCCCAAUACCGCCGGCUCCAUCGGCGCUACGCGCCCGUCCACCACGACGCUCAGCUCGACGCUCUCGACCGAAGACGAUGCAAGCAUCGCCAGCACCCUCCGCCGCGAUGCCAACCAGCUCAAGCGGCCCACCACCGCAAAUGCCGGCGCCGCUUCCGGUCUGGCCCAGCGCAACCACUUCAUCCGCGUCUACAAGACCGAUGGCACCUUUGCCACCCUCUCGUGCUCGCUCGUCUCCACCGCCAACGAGGUCCAGACCAUCCUGGCCCGCAAGAGCCUCACCACUGAGUCCACCGCCUAUCGCCUCUUUGUGCGCGACAAGGGCUCCGAGAGGCCGCUCGGCAAUGCUGACAAGCCCGCACAGCUCCAGCGACGUCGUCUGCUUCAAGCAGGCCAUUCCGAAAACGAUGCUCUGGAGGACAUGGGCAGGGACGACCUCUCCUACCUCCUUCGCUUCGUCUUCCGUCCGGACAGCGUGCCGACGUUUGACUCCGAGUCCAUCGGCCACAGCGAGCAUACCUUCCAACACCUGGAUCUGCAGAGCAGAAACCUCGAGAUGGUGCCCAUCUUCCUGUACAAGCAUGCCGACUGGAUCGUCAGUCUCGACCUCUCGGGCAACCCCAUGUCCGACUUGCCGCUCGACUUUGUACAGCUCUGUUCGAGCUUGCGCACGCUUCGGCUCUCCAACCUCGCCCUCAAGCGCAUCCCGCAGAGCGUCCGGCACAGCGAGACGCUCACCCAUCUCGACGUGUCCAACAACCGCAUCGUCGAGCUCUCGCACAUCAGCCUCGACCUCAUCCCCGAGCUCAUGUCGCUCAAGGUGCAGAACAACCGACUCUACGACCUGCCGUCCUACUUUUCCAGCAUCCCCACCCUUCGCAACCUCAACAUCUCCAACAAUCGCUUCGAGGAGUUCCCUGGCGUCAUUUGCGAGGUCACGUCGCUCGUGGACCUCGACGUCUCCUUCAACUCGAUCACCGAGCUGCCCGCAGAGGUUGCCAACCUCGUCAAUCUGGAACGCUUCAUCCUUGCAGGCAACUCGCUCGAGAAGCUCCCCGACGGCAUGAGCAAGCUCGCCAGUCUACGCACCAUCGAUCUGCGUCGCAACAAGGUGCAGGACGUCUCGGCGCUGCUCGGCCUGCCGCGACUCCAGAACCUGCAGGCCGAGAGCAACAACAUCAAGUCGUUCGAGGCAACGCUCGGACCGCAGCUCACCCGCGUCGAGCUGGGCCGCAAUCCGCUCAGCAAAGUGCGCAUCGCCGCCCUCACCACGUGCGAUCUCACCUCGCUCGACCUCUCGUCGACCAACAUGACGCGCCUCGAGGAAGGGCUCUUCCCGCAGCUGCCUGCGCUGGUCAAGCUCAUCCUCGAUGGCAAUCAGCUCGUCGUGCUGCCCGACACGCUCGGAGAGCUCAAACGCCUCGAGACGCUUUCGUGCAGCAACAACCUGCUCGCCACGAUCCCCGAGUCGAUCGGCCAUCUCAAGGCGCUCAAGGAGCUCCUGAUGCACAACAACAAUCUCAAGACCUUGCCACAGGCAUUGUGGUAUUGCGAGAGCCUCACCCACAUCAACCUAAGCUCCAAUCUCUUGGAGUCCUUCGCCGCUGCUCCAGACAUGCGCACCGAGGCGGUUACAGCUGAGCUCGGCGGAGCCGGAGGAGGCUCGGCCAUCUUGGCGGCACGAAAGGGCUCCACCAGCUCGUCCUUGGCUCACCAGGCAAACGGCGCGGCAAAUGGCGCUGCGGCAGCUGGAACCAACGCGUCGACGCCGACGGAGGUGUUUGUAGCGCCUCUGUCGCUCAGCUUGCAGAAGCUCCGACUCGGAGAUAAUCGGCUGGGCGACGAGGUGUUCAGCGUGCUCUCGGAGCUGACCUCUCUCGAGGUGCUCAACCUCAGCUUCAACGAGAUCUUUGAGAUCCCCGACUUUAGCCUGCAGACGCUUACCAAGCUGCGCGAGCUGUAUGUGAGCGGCAACCAGCUGAGCACCAUCCCGUCGGACGACCUGGUGGUGCUGCAGGAGCUUCGGAUCCUGCACCUCAACUCGAACAAGCUCACUACGCUGCCCGUCGAGCUGGGCAAGCUCAAGAAGCUCGCCAACCUGGACGUGGGCAACAACGUGCUCAAGUACAACAUCGCCAACUGGCACUACGACUGGAACUGGAACAUGAAUCCCGAACUGCGCUACCUCAAUCUUUCGGGCAACACGCGCCUGGAGAUCAAGACCAAAUUAAGCGAGAUGGGCUUCACGCGCAAGUCGAACAUCUCGGACUUCAGUCGGCUCACCAACCUGCGCAUGCUCGGCCUCAUGGACGUCACGAUGCCGUUGCACUCGAACGCUACGCCUGACGAAUCGGAGAAUCGCCGUGUACGCACGUCGCUUUCGCAGAUCAACGGCAUGGCCUACGGCAUCGCCGAUGCGCUGGGAAAGCACGACAACCUCAGCGUGAUCGACAUCGUCAUGCCGAAUUUCCGCAAGGAAGAGACCGAGUGCAUCUUUGGCCUCUUUGACGGCCGUGGCCAUGGCGCCCAUGUGGGCAGCCGGAUCGCGCACCAUCUCGCGGAAUGGAGCGGCACGCGCAUCUCUUGGGAGUUCCAAAAGCAUCAGAACGAAAACUCGACGGAGCCGGUGUCGGUGCCGGAUGCUCUGCGCCGCGCGUUCCUGCGGCUGCAGAAGGACUAUGCCGACGCGCUGAUCAACGACGGAAGCCGCAAGCUGUCCGAGGCGCACGCGGAGGCGGCAGCAGAUGUGACGCGCAGCUCGGCGCCCGCCAUCGCGGCUGCUGCCAACAAGCACGACUGGCGCGCCGGAGCGUCGGCUAUCCUGGCGUACGUGUCCGAUCGAACGCUGCACAUCGCCAAUGCAGGAGACGCGCUGGCGGUCAUGUCGCGCAACGGCGGCACGGCGCACCUGGUGAGCGUCAAGCAUGAACCGUUUGACCGUGCCGAGAUCGAGCGGAUCCGAUCCGCGGAAGGAUGGGUUUCGCUGCGAGGCUAUGUGAACGACAUGCUCGACGUGUCUCGAUCGUUUGGCUACUUCCACCUGUUCCCGAUUGUGAAUGCGGCGCCUGCGGUGACGACGGUGCAGCUUACGGACUCGGACGAGUUUGUGAUCAUUGCGAACCGGACGCUGUGGCAGUACGUGUCGUACCAGACGGCGGUGGACAUUGCGCGUACGCAGCGCAACGACCCGAUGAUCGCGGCGCAGAAGCUUCGGGACUUUGCGAUCAGCUACGGCGCCGAGGAGAGCAUCAUGGUGAUGGUGAUCUCGGUGGGCGAUCUGUUCUACCGGUCGGACCAGAGGAACGGCGGCGCGCUGACCAUCUCGAGCUACCAGAACAGCGAUGCGAUCAAGAAGGCCGGGCGACGCUUCCGGGAGGAGUUGCCGAGCGACCGGACGCUGGCGCGGCUGGAUCGCGAGGUGGCGCCGCCGAUCGGGCAGGUUGCUCUGGUUUUCACGGAUAUCAAGAACUCGACGUCGCUGUGGGAGACGAACAACGGGAUGCAGACGGCGAUGCGGCUGCACAACUAUCUGCUGCGAAGGCAGCUGCGCACGAUCGGCGGAUACGAGGUGAAGACGGAAGGCGAUGCAUUCAUGGUGUCGUUCCCGUCGGUGAGUGCGGCGCUGCUGUGGUGCUUUACGGUGCAGCAGCAGCUUCUGCACGAGGACUGGCCGCGCGAGAUCCUGGAGAGCGAGGACGGCAAGGAGGUGUACGACAGCUCGGGCGAGCUGAUCCACCGCGGUCUGUCGGUGCGCAUGGGCAUCCACUGGGGCCGACCGGUGUGCGAGGCGGAUCCGAUCACGCGACGCAUGGACUACUUUGGACCCAUGGUGAAUCGCGCGGCGAGGAUCAGCGGUGCGGCCGACGGCGGCCAGAUCCUUGCGAGCAAGGACGUGAUCAAGGAGCUGCAAGGGUUGCUGGGAACGUUUGACGAUACGCUCGCGGCCGGGUCGGGUGGCGAAGGUCAAGGCGAAGGGUCAGGGGAGCAGGCGGCCAAGACGGAGGAGGAGCUGGACGAGGAUGCCUUCCGGCUGCUGAAUCCGAACGUGAGCCGGGACGUGGUGCUGCUGCGUCGGAUGGGCUUUGGACUUUCGCAGCUGGGGGAGCGACGGCUCAAGGGGCUCGAGACGCCCGAGAUGCUGUGGCUGGUGUAUCCGAAGCAGCUUGCGGGGCGACUGGAGCAGGCCAAGACGGACGAUGCGCUGGAUGCGCCGCGUGCGCAGGUGUACGAGCCUACGGUGCAGCUGCUCGACAUUGAAGACGUCAAGCAGGUGGGGAUGCUGUGCCUGCGACUCGAGUAUCUGUCCAACUCGACGGUGUGCCCGGGCAUCCUUGCUGCGCAGGAGGAUGAGGAGGCGGAGCAUCGGUCGCAGCCCUCGACGCCGUCGGGCGAGGCGACGCGCAAUCCGCUCGAUCGCGAGGUGCGCGUUGGUGAAGCGGAGGAGGGGGGCAGGCGCGUGCUGUCGCAUCAGGCACGACGCAAGGGAGUGGAGGCGAUGCUCAACAUGCGACCGGAGCUGCUGAUCUACAGCAUCCGCGACGAUGCCACGGACGAGGAGCUGGCAGGGAUCCUGGCGCAGCUCACGACGCGCAUCCAGAAUGCAGUGUCGUCGCUGACGCUCGACAUGGUGCGCAGCAGGAUGGCGGCGGGCGGCGCCGCAGCGGAGGCAAGCGUGCUGGAGCUGCUGCACAGCUUGGUCCUGUCACCGCCUGCACCGCCAACGUCGACGGCGCUGGCUGUGUCGAGCCCCAUCGCCAGUCCGCGCAACCGAGUGCAGGAGCUACCUCCGCUUUAG